AUGGUUCAAAUACGUAUUGUAAGUGCAAGUUUACAAUCGCCAAAUUUGGAUCUUCUUACUGCCGUACAAUUAAUAAAUGGUCUAAAAAAUUCAUUAACCAAGUUUAGAUCUGAUGACAAUUAUUUCACAAGUUUGUAUAAAAAAGUUUUAGAAGUCUGUAAUGAACACAAUAUAGAAAUUCCAAGUGUUAAAAAACGAAAAAUAUCAAAAAAAAUUAACGACAGCAAUACACAGUACAUCAGCACUGACAAAAAGAGUGAAAUGAAACACUUUGUUUAUUUUGUAGUUUUGGAUGAUUUGUUAAAUGGAAUUCAAGAACGUUUCAGUCAGGAAACAUUGACUCUUAUCACUGCAUUUGGUCAUCUUAUAAAUUUUGAACUGAGUAAAUCAGAUAUAACAACACUCUCAACUACAUUUGAUUUGAGUGCCUUAGAUAUUGAAGGAGAGUAUAAUAUUUUGAAAUCACUACCAGAUUUUAACCAGGGGUCUUCUACUAUGGUAAUUCAUAAUUGGCUAGACAAGUUAAAAAAAAAUGACUUAUCUAAAAGUUUCCCAAACAUUUUUAAAACUCUAUCACUUUUUGUCACAAUUCCGGUUACUAGUUGUAGCUGUGAAAGAGCGUUUUCAAAAUUAAGUUUAGUCAAGAAUAAAUUGAGGAAUCAAAUGUUACAAGAACGUCUUGAGUGUUUAUUAAUGAUAUUUUUAGAACAAGAAAUGGCUACAAAUUUAGAUUAUGAAGAAAUCAUCGAAGAAUUUAAAAUCUUAACUCCUGCCAUACGUUGUCUUGAACUUUAG